AAAAUACAUCACGUAUGUAUUUAUCUCUGGAACACGAUAAAUCCGCAUCAAAUACGUCGCAUCAUGAUUUUACAAAAGCCCUUGAUCCUCCAGAUCUUAGCUAUAAAUGAUAAACGCGUCAUAUGCACUCAUUCGCAGGUCAUUGUGCGCCGUUGACAAUCAAAACAACUGCAGUCGCGGCACAGAUACAAGUCGUCAGUCAGUAGCCACAAGGAUAUACUUUCUCACCUCACGGAAAGCGAAAAACUGGGUGCAGCGUGCUGAGAGGGAGAGAGCGAGAGAGCUCGUGACUGCAACUGCGUGUUUCGAUGCUUAAUCAUCUCGUACGAACGACGCUUAAAAAAGUAGUGCUUCCGAAGCAACGGCUCCACGGUUUUCGGCGCAGAAGCAACGUAGCCUUCACCGGUGGCAUCCUAACCUCAUUCCCCAGCACUGCUGUUGCAGCUUCACUGCCGAGUAGUCGUAGUAGAGAUAAUCCUCUAAUCGAAGGUUUUCGAAGAGAUUUUUCGCGAGUUCGGUUCUUCGGCACGACCAUGAGUCCCAACAAGUUCACUUACCCGAAAGCUCGAAGAGACGAGACCGCUGUGGAUGUUUAUCACGGUGUUGAGAUCAAAGAUCCAUACAAGUGGCUGGAAGAUCCAGAGUCGGAGGAGACCAAGGCAUAUGUCGAUGCUCAGAAUGCCAUCACUGUUCCGUUCAUACAAGCCUGCCCCAAGCGUCAAGCUAUCCAUGAUAGACUUAAACAACUGUGGGACUACCCCAAGUACUCUUGUCCUGCGAAGAAGGGAAGCAAAUACUACUUUUUCAUGAACACUGGUUUGCAAAAUCAAAGUGUAUUCUAUGUACAAGACUCACUGGACGGAGAGCCAAGAGUUUUCCUUGAUCCAAACACGUUUUCCACGGAUGGAACUGUUGCCAUAUCAAGUGGAGAGUUUAGUGAAGAUGGUGGUAUAUAUGCCUAUGCCUUAUCUGCUAGUGGAUCUGACUGGAACACUAUUCACUUUAUCAAUACCAAGACAGGUGAAAAGUAUCCUGAAGUUUUGGAGAAAGUAAAGUAUUCUUCCAUAACAUGGACACACGAUAAUGUGGGAGUUUUCUAUGCUUGCUAUCCUGAACAGCUUGAGAAAGCUGAUGGUUCCGAGACUUUUGUCAACAAGAAUCAAAAGUUGUGUUAUCACAAAGUUGGCACGCCACAGUCAGAAGAUGUGGUGGUUGUAGAUUUUCCAGAACAUCCUUUGUGGAGAAUAGAUGCAAAAGUAACAGACUGUGGUCGAUGGCUGGUUGUCAUGCCCCAGCAAGAGUGCCGCGACAACCUAGUCUUCUUUGCCAAGCUUAAUACUGCAGAAGGAAUCAAAGGAAAACUGCCACUGACAGAAGUAGUUGGAAAUUUAGAAGCUGACUAUGAAUACGUUACGAAUGUUGGUACAAAAGCUGUGUUCAGGACAAAUAAAAAUGCUCCAAAUUUCAAAUUGAUUGCUACAGAUUUUGAAAAUUAUCAAGAAAAUAGUUGGUCUGAAUUAAUAGCAGAGCAUUCUCGCAAUGUUUUGGAUUGGGCUACUGCUGUUGAUAAGGAUAAGCUUGUUGUUUGUUAUAUUGAAGAUGUUAAGAAUGUUUUGGGAGUUCACAGUUUAGAAACUGGAAAGUUGAUAAGACAGUUACCUUUAGAUGUAGGAACAGUGGUUGGUUUUUCAGGAGAUCUCAAGUACUCUGAAAUAUUUUAUCAGUUUACCUCUUUCUUAACACCUGGAAUUAUUUAUACGUUAGAUCUUAAGGAAAAUGAAGAGAAGCCAAAGGUGUUCCGCGAAAUCAAAGUUAAUGACUUUGAUGCAAGUUCGUACAAAACAACUCAAAUAUUUUAUUCUAGUAAAGAUGGAACAAAAAUCCCCAUGUUUAUUGUACAUAAAAAAGAUCUCGUGCUGGAUGGUUCGUCUCCUGCUCUUCUUUAUGGAUAUGGAGGCUUCAAUGUCAGCAUUCAGCCUACCUUUAGCGUUACGCGGCUAGUCUUCUUGCAGCACCUUAACGGUGUUUUGGCAAUCCCAAAUAUACGAGGAGGAGGUGAAUAUGGUGAAAAGUGGCACAACGGCGGACGUUUCACAAACAAACAAAACGUCUUUGAUGACUUCCAAUGCGCUGCUGAGUACUUGAUCGACAACCGUUACACGUCGCCCAAGAAAUUAAUAAUUCAAGGAGGCAGCAAUGGUGGUCUUCUUGUAGGUGCUUGCAUUAAUCAGAGACCUGAUCUUUUUGGUGCUGCUAUUGCUCAAGUAGGAGUUAUGGACAUGCUGAAGUUCCACAAAUUCACCGUCGGCUACGCUUGGACGUCCGACUACGGCAGUUCGGACGAUAGAGAACACUUUAAGAAUCUGCUCAAGUACUCGCCUUUGCACAACGUGAAACCGCCUAAAGAUGGAGGACAAUACCCAGCGACGCUGCUUUUGACGGCAGAUCACGACGAUCGUGUAGUGCCGCUGCACAGUUUAAAACUGAUAGCUACACUGCAACACGAAAUUGGAAGCCUGCCACAGCAGACUAAUCCUAUACUCAUCAGGAUCGACGUCAAAGCCGGACACGGAAGAGGGAAGCCGACGUCGAAAGUGAUUGAUGAAAGUACUGACAUUUUAUCCUUUGUGGUACAAACGUUGAACCUCGAAUUCAAGUAGCUGUAAAUAUGCAAUUAAUUUGCACUACUGAAAUCAAUUUUUGUAAAAUUUUAAGAUAAAUUCUAUUGCAUUUCUUGUGAAUGGAUUUCCGAUUUUUACUCGUUCUAAAAAUAAAGUUCGCAAUUUACAAUCUAUAA